AUGAACUUUAGGAUCACUUUUAUUCUAUUAUUAUCUAUUAAAAUCUCUCUAGUGAGAAGUAUCGAUGUUAGUUUUUAUGUGUAUCCAACAUCAACUAAUACAUCCGUUGUAUGUGGUUCUGAAAAUAGUGUAACUUCUGCUUGUCCAACCAUUCAAGCAGCAAUAACUUCUUUCAUUACACAAUACAAUGAUACUCAGAUGGUACAGCAAUACAACAUUCUUUUGGCAGGUGGAACCUAUACCUCAGAUGGCAACAAUAAAUUGUGGAUUGGAACUUCACAACUCACAAUUGCACCGAUCGAUACAACUCAAACCGUAGUAAUAGAUCUAGGUCAAAAGUACUUUAUGAAUGCUUUGGAAUCUCCGUCUGCCACUAGAAACACAACUCUUUCGUUAACAUUAUCAAAUCUCAAGUUUAUCAAUGGCUAUGGUCCAGGAAGUUUGAUCUAUUCAGUCUCGAAUAUAGCUGAUAGCAAUAUCACCCUCAAUCAGUGUCAACUCGAUAGCUUUUCAUCACCGCUGACUGGUGGUGUUUUCAAAUCUAUCGCACAGUCACUCAGACCAAGAAAUAGAUUCAUUAUUUCUCAAAGUAACUUUACCAAUAUAUCUGGAGUCAAAGCCAUUUUGAUAACUGCUGACUCUGAUGUGGAGAUUACCAUUGAUCGAUCGCAAAUCACCAACUCACAAGCCAGUGGAGGUGGUAUGAUAGAAACAUUCUAUGGUGCUCUAGACAUUUCGAAUAGUUUGUUUUUCAAUAACAGCGUUGGAAAUCACAUCUUUAGUGUAAACACAUUGGAUCAAGAUGGCAGCGUUACCAACUGCAGAUUCUUGAACAACAGUCUUUCACUGAAUGACAACUCUGGAUUGUUCACAUUGAUUGACUCUACCGUUACUUUUGACAGCUGUGAAUUCACAAACAACACUGGUGGUUCGAUACUUAAUAUUAUUCGUGAAAUUAAAGACUACAAGACACAAACCUAUAUCAAUAACAACAAAUUCAUAAGAAACACCGGUGCUCUAAACGGCGGAGUAAUAAACCUCGGUGAACUCACCACUCUUUAUGUAAAUGGAACAGUUUUUCAAGAGAAUUCCGCAACAGAGAAAGGUGGUGCUAUUUUCGCAGAGGAAGCAUUGUUGGUAUCGAUUAAAAGCUCGUCAUUCAUCGACAACCAGGCAACAACAGAUGGUAGAUCUAUCUAUACCGACGAUACAGUUGUAAUGAACAUAUCAAAAACAGAAUUCAAAGGUUUGGGAAAUGAAAUCUAUUGUGAUGGUGGUGGAUUUUCAUCUCUAGUGCUCAAUAAUAUCACCUAUGUCAAUAAUUUGGUUGAUUGUGCUGGAGAAGGAUGCACUAUUCAAGGUGAUUACAACAAUAAUAAUUGCUCAAAGAAAUCUGGUAACAAGAGAAUUGGAGAAAUCAUAGGAAUAGUCAUUGGUGUAGUUUUUGGUUUAAUUAUCAUUGGUGUAGUGGUUUACUUGAUUUAUAAAAGAAAUCAGAGUAGAAAGCAAUAUUUACCAAUGAGCUGA